CUAAAACUCUCUGUCCUCCUCUUUGUCUGUAAAAAUCUGCUUUUUUUUCUCUCUCUCUCUCUCACCCCGCAUCCCCUUUUCUGCUCUCACUACAACUAUAAGCUCUUGUUUAGUGCUUCACUAGCCAAACACAGCAGCAAAACCCUCUUCAUUUUUUUCCUCCUCUUGUUCCCUCUCACUCCUCUUCUCUUCUCUCCUUCAACAUACAUCUACAUCUACUUGUUCUUUGUUUCUUUAUUAAUAUUUAUUAUUAUUAUCUCUUUCCUUUUGAAUUCUCUCUCUCUCUCUCUCUCUCUUCUUCCUUGUUAAUUAUCUUUAUCCUUUAAACAUCAUGUCCUUGCUGCGGAAGGUGUUUUGCUUCGAGUUUUGCAGAGAGAAGCUGAUGUUGGUAAUCUCUUAAACUGUUUUUCACUCGUGGUAGAGGAAAUACCCUUGUUGUUUUGUUUUGAAUGUUCUCUCCUUCAUGCCAUUUUCUUCCUUCCCUCUUCAUUUUUUUUGCUCUUUUCUAGUGGAGUAAGAAAAUAGAGUUCUACUUGUUAUUUAUUCAUCUUCUCAACCAUCAUUUUCUUUCUUUGGGAGUCUGUUGACUCUCACACUCUCUCUCUCUCUUUCUCUCUCUCUCUCUCUAGAUAUAGAGCUAGAGGUAGAGAUAUGAUGAAUAGAGAGAGAAGGAGUUUUAGCUGUUUAUGUUAAUCUUGUUUCCAUGGCCACCAGCAAUCUGCAUUGUUGUUCAACUUCAUCCAACCAUUAAAGACACCAAAAUUUGAUUGUGUUUUCUCUUAUCAUUGUCCUUGGAGAAAAUGAGAUGCGUACUCCAACUCUAGGUGGUCUAUGCUCUAUGAACCUUUUGUUGCUUUCUUCUUUCCAUGAAAAGGUUUGGACUCGUAGAGUCUACCACAUCCCAAAACAGCUAAGUAUCUCUGUCUCAAAAUUCUAGAUCUUGUUCUCUUCUUCCUCGACUCCCUAGACCAAAAAAACAAUAUUAGAAGCGAAUCAAAUUCGAAAGAAAAAUAAAUAAACAAAUAAAUAAAUAAGCUCAUGAAGUGGGUCUCCUCCACUCUCUCCUCUCGCCUUGUCAGAAACCUUUAACACCUUCGCCUAGCAAAUUACUAGUCUAGCUACUUGUUUUGGUUCCUCGAUCUUUCUUCUCCAACUCCAAACCAAUGUGCAUUAACUUGGGGUCCCUGGAAUUUUGAACUCAAACAAGCCGCUAUUUCUGAUCAUCAUCAUCUGCUUCAACUUCUGUUUGUUACCUUUUGUUGAUCAUUCAUCGAUCACCAGGACCCAGAAAGCUAAGCUAGUGAAUUUUGUGUUUGGGUAAUGGUGUGUAGAAUCUAUCUUUGUGGGGAGCUAGAGAGGAAUAUAUAGGAAGCAGCAGACAUCUGCUGAUCAGACAAAAUUAAGUAGUAAUCUGGACUCGAGAGUCUCCUUCUCCUAGGUAGACGUCCAACAAGAAUAAUUGUUAAAUUUAAUCAUUUAGGGCGCCUCCAAAUUCUCUGCUAGCAGCUGUUCGUCUUCCUUGGUUUGGUCUCCAGAAAAAGAAACAGGAGUGAUGGAUCUUUCCGGUCAUGACGGGGAGAUUCCAAUCCCAAUAACCAGCAGCUAUGCUGGGGGACAUGGUCAUGGCCACAUGAUCCAUCAUGAGCCCUCUCCCCACAACCACAUUAUCCCUUCUUCAGCACCCCAACUCCCUUCCAAUGGCCCCAUCCAUCCAACCAUGGAGGACCACAUGCCCUACAAGAAAGUGAUCAGGUACAAGGAAUGCCUCAAGAACCAUGCAGCGGCCAUGGGUGGAAAUGCUACAGAUGGGUGUGGUGAGUUCAUGCCAAGUGGAGAAGAAGGCACCCUGGAAGCCCUCAAGUGCUCAGCCUGCAACUGCCAUAGGAAUUUCCACAGGAAAGACAUUGAAGGUGAGUCCUCUUCUUGUGACUGCUAUCACCACCCUCAUCUAAACAAGGUUGCUGGGAGGAAGGUCAUUGUAGGCCCCCACAAGGGUGUGUUUGGUCCCGAAGCUUUGGGGUACCCCACAGGCACCUUAAUCCACUCCAGGGCAGCACCACCCCACCAGAUGAUAAUGCCUUACAGUUUAGGGUCCAUCCCUUCAGAGUCUGACGAGCAGGAUGGUGGUGGUGGGAUUGUACCAAGGCCACCUCAAGUUGUGAAGAAAAGGUUCAGGACCAAGUUCACCCAAGAACAGAAGGAGAAGAUGUUGGGCUUUGCCGAGAAGGUUGGGUGGAGGAUACAGAAGCAAGAGGAAGCCGUAGUGCAGCAGUUCUGCCAAGAGAUUGGAAUCAAGAGGAGAGUUCUCAAGGUGUGGAUGCACAACAACAAGCACAACAUGGCCAAGAAGAAUGCCCCCACUGCUUGAACUUCGUCUUACUUUAAUUUGUGCUCAUUAAUUAAUUCCCACCAUCUUCUUCUUCUUCUUCUUCUUCUUCUUCUUCUUCUUCUUCUUCUUUGUUGGCUGAUGUAGAAGUUUAGUUAGUUUUAUAUUGUUUUUUCUUUUCCUGUUCCCCAACUUCUCUCCACUCUAUGUUCUUCAGCGUUCUCUUUAUUCUUAUAUUAUUGCUAAUGUAAUGUAGUUUAGGUAGAUUGGAGUUUGAAAGAGUUUGAGUUGUGGUGAUAUCCAUGUUUAUCCAGUGCAGGGAUUUAUUGAAAUAUUUUUAUUUCAGUCAAGCA